CUUGUCCCUUCAGGACGUGGGAAAGAUGGUGGCCCAUCAGGCUCAGCUUGGGCCUGACAGACCCUUGAGAGCCCAGAAAGGCAAGAGGCCACAGACAGCAGGACUGGCCCUCAGAGUUCCCAGACCGGAGGAGGAGGAUCCCAGGGUAAACUGCAGGGACUGUGAAGCCUUUGAAUACAAGGCAUCAAGCACCAGAUGUCCCAAAAAACACUGGGGUCCGACCCUCGUUCCCGUGGCCUUGGGCUCCAGGAGGCUGAAAGAGAAAGUGGAGCCGUGGAGUGAGCGGGACCAGCGGGACCAGGCUGGGCUGUUGAACCAAGCUGAGAGGGAGAAGGCAAGUAGCCGAGCAGAGGAAGGCCCUGCUCCACAGGUUCCCCAGGAGACCCCGGGAGGGGCAGAAGCGCACCUGGAAGGAAGACACAGAAUCUUGUGAUUAUGUGAGGGUGAGUGUGCACUGCUUCCCCGUGCUGUGCCCUGUGGGGACUCGCUGGGCUCCACGGGCCUCCUGGGGGCGGCGGGGCUCCACUUCCACUCUGACCAGUGCAGUUGAGUGGCGCGGUCUUUGCACCCAUUUUUCCCUUGGUGCCCAUGAAGUUGCCUUAUACCUUGUAUGUGUGGGAAUGGUGGGCCGGUUGGCGUGUGAAGGUCAUUGGCGGGCACCUCUGGAGCCCAUACCAUCCUCAGAGAAGAACAGGUGACUGUCCUUCGUGACUGUCCUCAUGAGCAGAGCGGAUGGAA